AUGUCACACAAUUUUUCCCAAGACUUUUAUAAAAGAAUAGUUGUCUUUGGUGAUUCCUAUUCAGAUACGAACAAUGUAUACAAACUAACGGGGGGAGAAUGGCCAGCGCCACAAUACUGCAAGGGUCGAUUCUCAGAUGGACCUGUUUGGUCGGAAUAUGUAGCGAAAGAUCUUAAUUUAGAAUUAGUCAAUUAUGCGUAUGGAGGAGCAACAUCAGAUAGCAUUAGACAGUGUCUUAAGGUUGUCAUUUAUCUUGUAGGUUAUUCAGGCAAAAAAUGUGAUGUUCUCGUUCCUGGGAUGCUACAACAGGUUUCACAAUUCUUAAAAGAUUUCUCGUCUAAAACAAAUUUCGAUAAUACUCUCGUAGUGACAUGGUUAGUAUUUAACGAUUAUGGCUUCUCCAACUUCACCGCAAACCCCAAAAAAGUAGUCUCACGGGUAGCACUAUCCUGGAAAAACCUCUACGAAAACGGGGUCCGAAACUUCUUAAUACCGAAUAUCCCUGACUUCACAUACUACCCUGUGUUCCGAACAGAAAGCGUCGCACACAUUGCGCGUCUAAAAACUAUUGUUCGGAAACACAACGACGCAUUACAGAAUGCCAUACAAAAAUUCCGAUAUGAUUAUCCGGACGCAGUAGUUCAUACUUUUGCAGCCGAUCAGUUUUUCAAUUAUUACCGAACCAUCGAAGCAAAGUUUCGUCGGGUCGUGUAUACGAAAGAGGAGAAGGAAGAAUACGAUAAUUGUGCGAAAUUGUGUGUGAGUGUUGAGGACAUGUGCAGGCACAGACGUACUCGUAGUCGUCGACGAAAUUCGCUGCAGAAGAGUGUUUUUUAUAUUGAUGAUUAUCAUCCGGCGACUAAUGUUCAUUUUGCGUUCGCAGCUGGGAUUACAGAGACUUUAUUGGACUACUUUAUGUAUA